AUGUUAGCGACUAGACUCCUGCAGACUGGCCACAUUAAUCGCAGCAUCGGCGCGGUUUUGCGUGCUGAUGGGCCCUUGGCAAAUUUAGGGACGAAACUGGGCUACAAUUUGAAUUUCGGACGUAACAUCAGUACCAUAAACCUAGAAAGACCGACUAAACCGCAUUUUGGACUCGUUAUUGUGCCUCAACAGACGGUAUACAUCAUUGAGAGGUUUGGAAAGUAUAAAAAGACCAUUGGCGCUGGACUGCAUCUACUAUGGCCAAAGAUUGACAAGAUUUCGUACGUUCACUCGCUAAAGGAGAAUACUAUUGUGAUUCCUAAUCAAACUGCGAUUACAAAGGAUAAUGUCAUGAUACAAAUCGACGGAGUUCUCUACGUCAAGUGUGUAAACCCGUACGAUGCAUCAUAUGGAGUAGAAGACCCAAUCUUUGCCAUUACACAAUUGGCACAGACAACAAUGAGGUCGGAACUUGGCAAACUAUCACUCGAUGCCACAUUUUUGGAGAGGGACAAUUUGAACAGCUUAAUCGUAAAUAAUAUAAACAUCGCUUCAAAGUCUUGGGGUGUGACGUGCAUGAGGUACGAAAUUAGGGAUAUUACGCUCCCCAAGAACAUCAGCUCUGCCAUGGAAAAGCAGGCUGAGGCAGAGAGAAUGAAGCGUGCAGAGAUUUUGAGAAGUGAAGGAGACCGUGAGAGUGAGAUUAACAUUGCUCUCGCAAAUAGGGAAAUUGAGAUUCUCCGUGCCGAGGGAGAAGCAAAGGCCGAAAGGCAACGAGCCGAAGCCACCGCAUAUGCGUUGGAAGUUAUCACAGAUACACUCAAGAAGGAAGGUGUUUCCGAGGCCGUAACUUUGCGUUUGGCGGAGCGUUACAUUGCGGCGUUUUCGAAAUUGGCCAAGACUACAAACACGGUGAUUCUCCCAAACAACAUUGGCGGUUCGGGCGACUUGAUAACUCAGGCAGUGACGAUUUUCAACAGCUUGAACAAGCAGCUAAGGGGCGGUCUUGACUCUUCCUCUCCUCAGGUCACUGGUUCUUCCUCUGUGGAAUCCGCUUCUUCUGAGGUCCAUCUGAGCGAUUCUCCCAGGUGCUUGCCGGAAACACACAUGAGAGAUGUCAAAAGGUAG